UCGAUGUUUUCUCCUAGGGCUUUUAGUAUAAAAGCGCGAAAACAGCCCUCAUCUGAAACUUCUCUGAUUUCCCCCCGUAGCUCUAAGCCGAUUCCGCUUCACGAUGUCGAAGAAAAGAGGACUAUCUUUGGAGGAAAAACGUGAGAAAAUGCUACAGAUAUUCUACGACUCUCAGGACUUCUUCCUUCUCAAGGAACUCGAGAAGUCGGGACCAAAAAAGGGUGUGAUCUCCCAGUCCGUAAAAGAUGUUAUCCAAACUCUCGUGGACGAUGACCUUGUCUUCAAAGACAAGAUAGGAACCUCAGUAUAUUUUUGGAGUCUUCCUAGCUGUGCUGGUAAUCAGCUAAGAAGUAUACAGAAAAAGCUUGAUUCCGAUCUCCAAACUAGUAAAAAACGAUACAUAGAACUUACUGAUCAAUGUAAUGCUUUGAAGAAGGGAAGAGAGGAAUCCGAUGAACGGGAGACGGCACUCGGUGAUCUUAAAGCUAUUCAACAGAAAUAUAACGAGCUCAAGGAUGAAAUCGCGCAGUACUCGGACAAUGAUCCAGCUACAUUUGAGGCGAUGAAGAAAGCAAUUGAAGUGGCUCAUGCAUCAGCUAAUAGAUGGACAGAUAACAUAUUCACGCUGCGACAAUGGUGCUCAAACAACUUUCCGCAGGCGAAAGAACAACUCGAUAGCCUAUAUAAUGAGGUCGGGAUUACUGAUGACAUUGACUAUUUGGAGAUACCUGUAGUUCCAGUCUGCUCUACUGAAGAUCAGAUGGUGGAAGGCAACAUUUAACUUCCGUCGUAUCUUGGGUUUUCGUUUACUCCACAUACCUUUGCUCUUCACCUCACGCCAUUUUUGGGGCUGGUUUUGAAAUCGAAAAAGGAUUCGUUGCUUAUAUUUUCUGUUAGUCCGUAAUCUGUAGCUUCUACUGUUUCAUAUCCUAAAAUGAAGUUUACAAAUACGUGCGGAGUAUCGUUUAUUGUCACAUUAUAGUAUCGU